CUUUUACAGCGUCGAUCCAUUGGCCCACCAUGUUGCUCGCACGCAUGCUCGCACGGCAUAACCCACGUGGUUCGUACGCAUGCGCGUUCCCUACCAGCUGGGAUUUCGCAAGGCCAGAGGUGUGCGCUGUGCUGGAGUAGAGACGGCGCAGGGAGGGCCAGGGUCCUGGGUGCCCACCGGGGCGCCUGGGGGUGAGGGCUGCGAGGAGGUGCCCCUGGGAGCAGUUCACGAUGGCGGAGGAGGAGUGUCCGCUGCAUCCCAAGCGGAGGGAGUGGCGGUGGUCGUAGCCUCGGCCGCCACUGCAUUCGCGGCCAGCAGCAGUGCUGCCAGCUGCAGUGGCGUGAAUGGCAUGGUUGCUGGCACCUCGUCUCAGCAGGUGGCCCUGACUGAGCUUCCGACUGUCGACCAGCUCAAGGCGAUGGGCCUGUGUGACACGCUCAUCAUUCUGAGCGAUGCCAGCCAAGGUGCACAGCCCGUCAGCCUGGUCAGUUCUCUUGAGCCUGUCCAGUGCCUGGAGGGCACAGCCGAGGCCAUUGCCCGAAGUGGGGCCAACCUGGUGCUGUGCCUGCCUGAUGAAUCGCUCUCGCUGGAGGUCGGGGCCUCGGUGCAGGAGGUGCCCGGCUGGACCUGGGUGCAGGACCCCACAUCGGCUGCAGCAGCCGUGGCCGCCGCCUCCGGAGAUGCCACGGCACUCGUUCGGGCCAGUGCCCCCAUCGUGGUCUCUGGCACGCCCACGCUUGCCACUGCACCUGGCGGAGAAAUGCUGUUAGUGAUGGACUCCUCCCCUGUGGAGGACUCAGUGGGCCUGGCCGCUAAAAGCUGGUUCAACGACUCCGUGAUAGCCACCCAAGCACUGCUUACGCUUGAGGGCCACAAAUGAUUUUUGGCACGUCAUUGUUUUUGUUUUUUUUUCUUUACUUACGAAUGGAUGGGGGUGACGAUAAAGACCGGCACAUUGCUGGCAGUCGAUGGGACAUUUGCUGGUGUGUGAUGAACUUCUCCUUGUGGCAUAAGUGAGCUGCUUUUGGACAUUUUGGUGAAACAUUGUAGUCCUAUGGAAUGUUACAGUGAAACUUGUUUUGAAGUCAGUUUUGCAGAUUUUUUUGGUUUGCUCUGAAGAAACGUAUUCAUCAGGAAUGUGUGAGAACAGUAAGAGUACCACGAAUUACUACGCUGUUAACUUUGCGGCAGGGCUCUAUCUAAUGCCAUUGCCAAACAUAGCUCUUGCCUUGGUUCCCGGGACUGUUGCUCUCGCAGCACUGCCUAAAGGAAUUGCAGCUAUUGCAGCUGCAAGUGGGGCCAGAAACAGGCUUACACUGCUUUAGUGUCGGUCACAUUGAGUGGCAUUUCAUUAAAAGUUCGUGAAUGUUUCUGUGAGCACUGCUAGCAAAUUUCGUAGCCUAAAGGAAGUUUCUCUAUCAAGCUUCCACUGUACACAGUUGGUCCCAGAAUGACCCUGCUGUUUUCGAACAAGUUAGGCUUUGCACGUUUGGAGAAAGCCGGCGACAUUUCGAUUAUCUCGGCAUUGCUACCACCCGACUACUUCAUCGUUGUGCAAGGACUUGCGCAAUACUGUAAAGGCAAACGUCGGGCUAAUUUAGUGUUCCAGCAUAUCGGUCAUUUAUCUGUAGUUUUAGUCCAGGUUGAUAUGAUGCAAUGAAGAUUGGGAAUUAUGCUAGGAUAUGGUCGCUACAGGAGCUUUGGCAGCUUUGUACGAGUCAGCUUGCAAAAGUCUGUAAAGCAGAUGUGCAUUGAAUUGCUGAAAGGCUUCCCUGCAGAUUUUUGUUGGUACUAAGUAUUUCGUUUGACUGGUUGCUAUGCAAAGAUUUUUUGUGUGGGCACUUUAACUGGCUAGUUCCCCGAUGAGGCUUUGCUUUGGCUUUUAGUUGUCGGACUUCCACAAAGCUGUCCUGCAGAUGGUUGGAAUUUCGUGUGGUGCGUCUCUUUUUUUUAAAGGCAAUUUGACAUUUCUGUUGAAGCACACGGGCAUCAGGCACUUAGUUGUUGAGUGCUUAGGCCAGCCUUAUAUUGUGAAUUGGGAGGGUUACUUGUUAAGGGGCACUGCCAUGCAGACGAGCAGCUUUAAUGGCCUUCCAAUGCUUAAGACAAUUGAGCCCGAGGUCCAUUGCUGGUUCCACUUUUCUGCAAAGUGUUGCUAAGGCGUGCCCUUUCAAAACUUGAAGCAACGCGUGUAACUUUUGGCUUUUUUUAUUGUGCCAGAAUGGCAUUGUGUAAUGCUGUUAGUUUUUUUUUUUCUGUUUUUCGUUGUUAGCCGAGGACAAAGUCCUACCUAUGCUACAAGGAAGUGUUUCUAUCCAGGCCAGUAAGUUUUUCUACGUUGAACAAAUAGUAGUGACCAUGAUACUCUGCUGGGCAUUUUGUCAACUUUGUGCCAGCCUGCGUGUGCAACCUUCAGGGUAGCCUCAAACCAAAUGUGUGGAUCCUUGAGACACUGAACUAGUAGGCGAGUAUUUGGCAGCGAAUUUUGCACUUUUUUCUACUACGAUGCCGGCAGCCAAACAUCCACAUUUUACUUGUGAGAACUGCACCUACACUCUAUGAAGGUUGUUACAGCAGACUUAGUCACUUGCCGAUCAAAGUAAGGUGCACUGUAUCGCUAUUGUAAUCGCAGUGGCCUUGUUUUGUUCUUUUUUUUUGAGUGUGUAAGUUUCAGGUAUUAUGGCUAACAAUGUUCUUCUUUUGACUCGUUUUUUAAAGCCAUAUUUUCAUCUGUUAUGUUUUGCAGCCUUGUAUUUCGCUUUUGCAAUGCACUGUCUGCCCAGUUGAAAUUCUAUAUUAGAGUCAUAUAUCUAUACCGUAUUUCUUUUUGUUGUGCAUUGUCUCGCACACGAGUUGUGCAGCUCUUCGAGAGUGCUUCUUGAUGAUGGAGUCAUGUCGAAAUUCACACGAUUGUGCUUCAGUAGCUAUGGUUCCGAGAACACUGUUCAAAUACAGAGGGAGCCGUUGGUGUGUGGCUUUACUUUUUGACCGUUAAUGAGAAGGUCAUUACGCGUGCACGUGUGUUAGAAGCGGGAGACUGGAAUGUUUUGUUGCAGCAUAUAUGUUUAUGCCGUGCACAGUAAGACGUUACCGGACUGAAGAUUCUAUGCAUGCUGCAAAAGAAAGUGACAUCUAACAACGUGCAGAGCAGUUAUGUUGAAGAGUCGAGAGCAGAAUGCAUAUAGUACAUAUGAUGGCAUUGUGGUUUUUUACACUCCACUGCCCUGUUGAUCGGUGGUAAAGUAGCAGAGAGAAGAGCGUGAAGCAUAGAUUGCCUUUAUGUUGUUGCAGAAUUCCUGUACAUAAGAGGCACAGUCGACUUGCUUGUGCAUGUACAUAGAGUAUUUUCCUCAUAGAUUGAAUAAAGGAUCCACCGCACGACU